AACCAACUUCUGCACUCGUAACAGGAAAAGUCGGGGAAACGCGUCAAUAUCCGCGCCACUCCUGCGUCUGCUCAGCGUGUGUUUGAAGGCUGUUACGGUAAACGGUGACAGGGCGGCACUUCACCGGAGUAGUUGCCGCCACUUGGCCGCGGUUGAGAGCACCUUUGUCGGCGUUCAGUGCUGGGACGACUCGCUGCUAUGAAGCGUAUGCACUGACCGGAUUUCGGGACUGUUUGGACUACUUCUUGGUUUGUUUUUGCGCUGGAUUCCUCUCGCGGUUCGUUGCCUCUGUCUUACUGUGGAAUAGCAAACAAUUAUAUAAAAAUAAAAAUGCCUGCCAAAACGAAGUACAACCUCGUUGAUGAUGGACAUGAUUUGAGGAUCCCGCUGCACAACGAGGAAGCCUUUCAGCAUGGCAUCAACUUCGAGGCAAAGUACAUCGGCAGUCUGGAUGUGUCGCGGCCGAGCAGCCGAGUGGAGAUCGUGGCUGCGAUGAGAAGAAUACGGUACGAGUUCAAGGUGAAAAACAUCAAGAAGAAGAAAGUCCACAUCGUGGUCUCUGUAGACGGCGUGAAGGUCGCCUUGAGGAAAAAGAAAAAAAAGAAGGAGUGGACGUGGGACGAGAGCAAAAUGAUGGUGAUGCAGGAUCCUAUUUACAGGAUAUUCUACGUUUCGCACGACUCCCAGGAUCUGAAGAUCUUCAGCUACAUCGCCCGAGAUGGACAGAGCAACCUCUUCCGCUGCAACGUCUUCAAGUCCAAGAAGAAGAGUCAGGCCAUGCGCAUCGUUCGGACGGUCGGCCAGGCCUUCGAGGUUUGUCACAAGCUGAGUCUGCAUCACACGCAGCAGAGCGCAGACGGACAGGAGGACGGCGACAAGAGCGGCAACGACUCCUCCAUCACAGGCGUGCGUGCUUAUCCACCUGUGUGUGUGUGUACUUUCCACGGCUCAGCUCGGGAAAUAGCGGGCGCGGAGAAGGCUGCGAUUGUCGCGGAGGAGACGGACAUCGACGCCGAGGAGGCGAACGUGGCGGUGGCGCUGCUGCCGCCGCCGACCGCGGAGGAGUUAGACCUCAACAGAGGAGUGACUGAUCUGGACGCCACGGCCAGGACUCCUGAGAUAGAACCCACAGAAAACAAGGCUCCAGAGGAGGCCUCUCUGCUUAUGUCCACUCCCAGGAUGCUGCUCCCUGCCUCAAGCACACUGCCACCAGUCGCCCCCCUGUCUGUCCACCACCAGAUCCAACUGCUCCAGCAGCAGCUUCAGCAACAACAACAGCAGACACAAGUGGCUGUAGCACAGGUGCACCUGUUGAAGGACCAGUUGAGCGCAGAGGCCACAGCUCGUCUGGAGGCUCAGGCUCGAGUUCAUCAGCUGCUGCUGCAGAACAAAGACCUGCUGCAGCACAUCUCCCUGCUGGUGAAACAGAUCCAGGAGCUGGAGACCAAGAUGUCUGGACCAAACAUAAUGGGCUCCCAGGACAGUUUGCUGGAGAUCACCUUCAGGUCCACAGUUCCUCCCGUGAUCUGUGACGCCACGACCCCGAAACCCGAUGUGACGGCUCUGAACCUGCCCGUGCUCGGCAACAGCGACUGGACCAGCAACGUCUUCUCGUCUUCCAACGGGACUCUCGGAAGCCCGCUAGUUGAUCAAAGCAUGUUUCAGAACUCCACUGCUCAGCAGCAGAGUCCCCAGAUUUCCAGGCCAGGUCAACCCUCCUCCGCCCGACGCUCCCUGGCAUCGGCUAAUCCUAAUCUGGGCUCUGGAAGUGUCGACUCUUCGUCCUCCGGAGGCCAGCAUAGGCUGAAAAAUGCCAUUAAUCUUGGCAAGGCUGUCGGUGCGAAGGUCAAUGACCUGUUAAGGCGGAAGGAGCCCAGUCAUCACGGGGACAUCGGCGUCACCGAAGUCAACAAAAAUGUCGCCGCUGUUUGGAGCUGCAUGGACCAGACGACAGCCAACAGUCACGUCUCCUCCUUCAACUCCUUCCCUCGGCUGGACCCGCCGCCGCCGUCAGGGAAGAAGCGCCUCCCACGAGCCUUGAAGACCACGCAAGAUAUGAUGAUCUCCUCCGACCCCGUGGUCUCCUCUCCGGAAGCUGCAGACACCCCCUCGUUCAUGCCCUCCCCGGGAAAGACGCCUCUGAUGUCUCAGGAGGAGCAGCAGCGGCAGGAGGCCGAGGCGUCGACGAAUAUCGACGUGGAGAAGAACGCCGCUGCUCAUUCUGAGCUGACGGCGCGCGACAGCAAGGCUGAUGGAGUGACAGGUGGGGAAGAUGUCAUAGAAAACAGGAGCUGUGACGGAGACAUGGAGGAGCUCCAGCUUCAGCUGCAGCUCUCUGUACCAGACCUCAUCCACAAAGACCCGCCUCUGCCGGAGCCCCGAGCCAAUCCCUGCGACGUCUGGCAGAAGGCGUCAGGGCCAGACUCCCGGCUGGCCUCCACCCCCUGCUCCGGGAAAACGGCCUGUCGCAUCAGCCUGGGCGAGGAGGUCCUGCUGGGGAACGGCAAAGGCCCCGCAGUGGGCGCCGACGACGCGGAGCCCCACCCGGACCUGCUGUCGUUCGAGUAACAAGCAGAGCCGUGAUACGAGCUCCAGAUACCACUUCAGUAUGAUUCAAAAAGAAAAGUUUGGAACGGGGUGCAAGCGUCUGUGGCGUUAAUUCAAAGGAGGAUGAAAUAUUCACUCACUGCCACUUCUCAUUAAAUAUACAAAGCUUUUUUUUGGCUUUUCGGGGGGAAAAGGGAACAAGAACUUCCAGACGUCGCGGCUCAGAGCUCAGAUGAGUUCUGUAGAAAUGUGCGAGGUCAGUCAGACAGUACGAGCUUAUUACUUUAAAGACAAAGACAGAGCUGAGCAGUGAUAGAGAGCAACGCUUCAGUUUAGUGAAGAUUUAAACAAAAACAAAAAGGAUUUUUACCACGUUUAAUCUCUUAUGACAUGUUAACAAUGUCAGGUCUGCUUUCAGUCGUGUAAACACAAGCAGACGCAAUCGCGUUAUCGUGUAAUGAAUGUAACUUUAAUGUUGUGAGUUAUCACUUAAAAAUGAGCUAGUGGUGAGCAUGAAAGAUUUAGUACUGAUUUUUUUUUCCUUCUACAGUGUUGAGCUAUUUUAUUAUUAAUCAUCAUUUAACUGCAAGCUGAUCACAUUUUAAUCCACAUAAAGGGACACUGUGUUACAGGAUUGUUAUUAAUUCAUAUUAUAUAGACGCUGCUAUUUGAAACCAGUUAGAAACGGCAACUAAUAGAAUAUUAUAUAUAUAGAUAUAUAUUUUAAGUAAAUGGCAGCGUGACGGGAAACUGACUCUGGAGAGGAAGAAGGAAACAAAGUGUGGGAAGCUGAAUUGGACGAGGACGUUGUUAGAGGAGGCGAAGGUUUUGGGGGGAAGUUCCCUUUCAGUUCAGUCGAGUAGAAAAUUCAGAUCGCGAUUGAAACCUUUUGACCCUGGACUUUAUCCAUAUUAAAUCAUCCUCUCUACCUUUGAAUUCAAAUGAGCUGGUCCUCAUCUGCACUGACCUUUAGCAACGUGUGUGGCAAACUCAGAGAGAGAGGAGGAGAGGGGAGGGGAGGGGAGGGGGUUUUCAACCCUAAAAAGCUGGAAAACACGUGAAGUGAAAAUGUCAAUCAGCAACGUGGAAGAUAAGUUACAUGAAUGAGAUAUUAGAACAAAUUAAACAGUACAAUAACUUUCUUCUGAACUGUGCUCUUCAAGAUAUUUCAUUAAGUUUUUAUAUCUGAGUGCGGACACAUUAUACACAUAAUGCAUUCCCCACCACCUUACCCUAACUUUAACCAUCACAACCCUAAAAAGAGUGCCUAACCCUAAAAAACCCUGAAGAAGCCCUUUAAAAGUUUGAGGCCCAAACAAAAUGUCCUCACAAAGAUAGAUUUUUUUUACUAACCUUAACCAGAAACAAGGUUAUGGCCUCAUUAGGACCGGGUUUUGGUCUCCACAAGGACUCUUUCAUGCCACAAGAGGUAGCAAAAUCAAGUACACACACUUACACAUAUCAUUUCUUUCCCCGACCUGAGUUUUAAUAUCAUAAACUCUUUAUUUUACAUGAUUUAUACGUUAAAUAUAGUGUAGGUGACUCUACAGACUUGUCAGAGUGGCACUUCUCUGAUGAGCGCUGACAGCAGCACACUAGUUUAUUAAUUUAGUUCCCGUCGGCAGGUUAUUUGGUUACGGCUGAUAUCAACACCAUCAACGCGUGACUCAACCGUAAUGUUUUGGUGCUUUUUUGUUAAAAAAGAAAAGUCAAUUGGCUCCUUUUAUUCUGAGAAAAGGUCAAUUAUAUCAGAAUUUGCAACUAAGCUUAGAUCAAACCAAACUUGAGCUGAAGUGACUGAACUGAAAGUGGAUUUUUGGACCAGACAGACUGUCAGGAUGAAUGAGCAGAGAAAAGUUGAUUAUUCUUUUAUAUUUUGAAGUACAAAAGAAAGGCGGGAUAAUUAGUUAUCAGUGGAAGCAGAUGAAAGAUGUGUAUUUUAUUCAAGCAGAUCGUCGAGUGACAGACCAAAGGCACACGUUAGCAGCUCAGUGAGACAGGUCGCUUUAUCGGCGCUGCCUGAGUGUAAAUAAUUCAUUCUGAAGUUGACAUUUCCUCCUCCUUUAUUUCCACUACAUCUACUUAUGAAAGAGUGAAAACCAAAGUCAAAGCAUUUCUGAUGUUUCAGUCGAAAUUCGUGUCAUUAUGUGUUGAAUCGUCUUGACUUUUCUGACUCUGGACGUUGAAUGGAAAACAAUCACACACAAACGCACACAGACGCCCAGACCCAAAGCUGGAAGUGACCUCGUCGGGAUUCCCUGACCUGAGACGAGAGUGAAGCGGACACAGAGGCAGCUGUUAGUGGUGCUCGGGUCACGUCCAGCAGCAGAAUGAGAGGAAUGUGGAGCCGGACUCUGACAGAAAAGACGCCUUUGUCUCGCUGACUCUUGUCUCACGCGUGUUUUUGGAAAGGUCACUUCAUUUUGAACGUUCGGACGUUUCUCACGGACCAAACCAUGAAGUCAGUCAGUCCGUGCAAAUAACACAAACAUGUUGUUUUCAUCACGUUAUCUAAAGUCCGGACCGGAGUUUUCCACACUUUUUUUUUUAAAGAUGACAGAAGAGCAAAUUUGCACAUAAUUUAACAACUUCUCAUACUGCCAUUUCUGUGACUCCUGAUAUUAUUUUGAAAAGGUAAAUCAGCUGCCAACGCAGAUUAACACAUUUCCGAUCCAUAAAAUCGGCUAAUUUAUCUCCCAGAAUUUGGAAAUGACACACAGAAGAAAUCUCUAAAUGAGGUGACUAGACAGGGCUUGUAAUCAGAGGGUUGCCAGUUCCAAUCCCCCUGCCAGGUCCAGGGCUGUGGUCCCCCAGAGCAGGGAGUCAAUCCCACUGCUCACUUUUAUUUGGACACUCAGGUUCCAGCCGGUUCCAAACCUGGAUUAGCAGAUUAUCUAUCUGCUGUUGUGAUCCCUCGAGAGCAAGAAGCCAAAAGGACAAUGUUUUUUCUUUUUAAUUUGGGCAAAUUCAUUCUUUAAAGCAACUAUUUUACCUUAAAAGAGGUGGAGACUCCGUUUUAUCAGCUAGAUGUAGAGAUUUUAUUGAAAUUGCCCUGAUCAAAACACUGAGAAUAGGACAAUAACAUCACAGUUAUACAUUUAACAUAGAGAUGUUUGGGUUUAUAUGUUUUUAUGCUUGAUGUUAUCCCCAUUUUCUGUAUUUGUUUCAUGAGUCACUGUAGAUUUUUGGGACUGAAAUGCAAAGUCAACAACAGUCAAACUUAAGUCACAUGAUGUUCAAUCCAGAUUAUUCCCACAAACGAGACCAGAGAGACACAAACACAGACAUUACUCAUAUAAAAAUCCCCACAAUUAAGUGAACUAUUAUGCUCAGGAAUCACUGACAGUGACACAUAGUGAGGUUGUUUUUAGGAUAAUCCAGUCCGAUAAUCCAGUCUGUCUCAUCUCACAGGUAGUUUUUAUGUUGUUGUUUUUUUAAACCUCAAAGAUUUAAACACACACACACACACACACACAGACUGAGUGACAACAGCAGCUGUACAAAGUUCAUGAAAAAAACCACUAAACUACAUUUCUUUUGUAUUAUUUUCUUUUAUGAUGAAGGAACAACGUUGUAGAUUUUAUGGAAAUAUUCCAGCGUUUUUUGCUCUCUGUUGUUUUAAUAUGCAAAUGAAUCUUAACGCUUAACAAAUGAAGGAAUUCUUUUAUUUUAAUAUUCCACAUAUGGCCGAGCGUGUGUCUGUGCCUGACAAAUGAAAACGAAUGAUCUCGCUUUCUGUGUUUUUAGGAGUCGGUAAAUAGGUGUUAUGUUUUGUGAUGAAUGAACGAAGGAAGGAAGUGAAAUCACGGCACAAAUGGAACCUGGAAUUCAUUAUUAUAUAUUUACACUGAUUGAAGAAUUGAAAAUAUGCUACGGAAAAAAAUCAACUAUUUUUGACUUUUAUUUUCCUGAUGUAUCUUUCGUUCUUUUUUUUAAGAAAAUCUGGGGAUGUAAUAACUUUUUUGUAAUCUUUAAAGAAAACUGGAAAUAGAUCUAAUCAUGACUUUG